AUGUUAACGCAUUCAAUUUGGAUUUUUGUGGACUUAUUUCUCUUUAAAAUUGUCAUUGUUCUAUCUUUUGGUAACAUAGACGAUGGUGGAGCCGGCAACGAGUUGAUAAUAACCCGUCAAGCAGCUCGUCCUUUCGAAUGCACUGAAGGAUGUUCUACAAGAUGUCCGACGACUUGUUCUAUUCCAUGCUUAACGCCGUCCAGUGAGACCGUAGAAUUUCAAAAACUUGAAUGUCAGUUAGAACAAGAAUUAAGUAAAGCCUUCGCAGCAUUAAAAGUAGCUGAGCUCAAGGAACAAAAAUUGAGUACAUUAGAAAGCGAAAAAAACAAGUACGCUUUUGUGGCUAUGGAAAAAGUAUUAAAAGCUUCUGAUAAUCUACAAAAUGUGCAGAAUCAACUUAUGGAACAAAGGAAACGGCAACGUUGUUUACACGAACAACUACGCGUUAAUAACGAAGUAUUAAAUAAAUGGAAAUACCGACACCAAGUAAUUGAGAAUUUACUUCUAAGUGCUGAAUCUAGUCUUACCUAUAUGGAAGUUAGAAAGAGAUUAACGCCCGACUGCUGUAAACCAAAUUCAGAUUCUUGUUCCUAGUGUUGACGUCUAAGCCAAUUAGUCAAACUGAUCAAUCUCAACUGUAAUGGGCCUAUGCCCACUUAUGUAUUAAAAAUUGUAGUAGUUGUUUGUGUGGUGCCCUAGAGAUAGGAAUGUAAUAUAAUUUGUUUCUUUUUUUUUCGUUUAUUAAAAAGUUAUAAGUGUUAUAAUUAUUGGAUUUUUAUUAAAUAUUUGUUCAGUGAUCCUGAUAUAAAAGGAACAAGAGCGUUUUUCUUUAAGAUAGAAUUAAAUUUUACAUUUCAGAAGUGUUAUAAAAAUCUCACGUAUAAAAUUACGGCAGAAUUUGUUUCCGUUUAUUUUUAAAAAUUGUAGUUAUUUUGUCAUCGUGUUACUUGCACUGUCAUUAAUGUGUCCGGGACUUACUCCCGAGAACG